GCAGCCAUGUGGAGACCAAUAAUGGCACGAUAUUACGGUAAGAUACAAGCCUGAAACUUGCUCUCGCUCGGCCCCAUUUCAGGCCCCGUCUCUGGUAAGAAAUUCCUCCCUUUUCUUGCCUCUUUCUGAUGCCCUAUUCUGUACUUAUCGUAGUACUUCAUGGCCUCUCGCGCUAACAUUUCUCACAAGCGCGCCGGUCUUUCGGGGAAUCUGAAUCUUUGCUCCUUAGCAUCGCCAACGGCCGGUCAAAAAGUGGUCAUCGACUGGUGGGCGGCCAUCGGUCUUUUUUUAUCCACAUGCUCCGAUUCAAGACAAGGGGUUGAACCACUGAAACUAUCUGCGACCGUAAUCAUCAUUCAUAUAUCAGAAGCACUGAGGCAUAUUCACUAGGGAAAGGAAUCGACCCGAAAAAUAAAGUAAAUCACAUGGAAGCAGCAAUUAUACCUACA